UUUUAAGUGUAACACAUAGCAGCGUUGAAGAUGGCAGCGCCAGUAAUGGACACAUGUCAUGUCUCCUGUUGUGCAAACCGUGCUCCUAAUGUUGUGUCCUGGGGCAGAGGAGGGCUCAUCGCGUUUGGGACAUGUAAUUCAGUUGCCAUUUAUAAUCCAGAGGAAAUAAGAGUUGUCGAUCUGCUGAAUAAACAUACUGGAAGGGUGAACGCCGUCCAGUGGGUCCAUGAACCAGACUGCAGUCCAGAGAACCAGCUGAUAUCUGGUGGGUCAGAUAAUAAUGUUAUUGUUUGGGAGAAGCUGGAUGGGAAGUUCAGAGCAUGCGCAGUGUGUUCAGGACAUUCAGGGCCAGUGUGUGCAGUGGAUGCAGUGUCUCUUUCCUCCUCUCAUUUACUGGUGGCCUCAGCAUCAUCCGACUCCACUGUUAAACUGUGGACAUACAGCUCUGAUGCAGCCGAAUGCCUACAGACCGUAGCUUUCGGGAGCGGGUUCAUGAUGGAUGUCUCCUUGGCGCUGUUGCCAGGCAGCAGAGUUCCCGUAUUGGCCUGUGGGGGAGAUGAUAGCAGAGUUCAUCUGUAUGUGCAGCUCAGUGGACAGUUUCAGAGGGUUCUGACUCUGACUGGACAUGAGGAUUGGGUCCGAGGUGUGGAGUGGGCCAAUAAAGAUGGAGAGCUGUGGCUCGCCAGCUGUUCACAAGACUGUCUGAUCAGAGUGUGGAGACUGUUUGCCAAGACAGCCGCUGAACCAGACCUUCAGACUGACGGCAUUAUCAAAAUGAAGGAGAACAUCUUUCAAGUGUCUGGAGAGGAAUUUGCUGUCACUCUUGAAACUGUGUUGGCUGGCCAUGAAAAUUGGGUUUAUGGAAUUCACUGGCAACCUCCAUCUGUUAAAGGUGACUCAGUGGAACAGUCCCUAAAACUGCUUUCUGCCUCAAUGGACAAGACCAUGAUCUUAUGGGGGCCAGAGGAGGAUUCGGGCAUGUGGGUGGAAAUGGUUCGUGUUGGUGAAGUUGGAGGAAACACCCUGGGUUUCUAUGGAUGUCAGAUGAGUCCAGACGGCUCUAUGAUUCUGGCUCAUGCCUUUCAUGGGGCACUACACCUUUGGCACCAUGAUAGCAACCAGGAAUGGAGGCCUAGUGUGGUCAUUUCAGGUCACUUUAACGCAGUGCAGGACAUGAGCUGGGACCCCGAGGGAGAGUUUAUCAUCACUGUUGGUUCAGACCAAACCACCAGACUCUUUACACCCUGGACGAGAAAAGGAAGCUCACAGAUUACCUGGCAUGAGAUCUCAAGACCGCAGAUCCACGGCUACGAUAUGCAGUGUCUGACUAUGGUUGGCCGCUUUCAGUUUGUGUCCGGUGCUGACGAAAAGGUCCUUCGAGUGUUCAAGGCUCCGCGGAAUUUUGUGGAGAACUUCGCCCACAUAUCAGGCACCUCUCUGGAGAAACUGCUGGGCUGUAAUGAUAUAGCAGAUCUCCCAGAAGGAGCCAGCACUCCUGCCCUUGGCCUGUCCAACAAGGCCGUGUUUCAAGGUGACCUCGCGUCACCGAGCCCUCAACAGGAUGGCGGAGAUUUCAAUAGCCUGUCUGACCAAUAUAAGGAGUCCUACUUUCAACCUCUCAAACUCGCAGAGCCUCCGACAGAGGACGACCUCUUGCAGAACACGCUGUGGCCAGAGGCCUCUAAAGCAGAGCAUGCAUCUAUUCUCCUCUGGAGCACAGCAUCAUGGAAACAGCUUCAGUCGCUGUCUUGCCACAGCCUGACCAUUACUCAGAUGGCCUUUUCCCCAAAUGGACAGCUUCUGCUCGCUGUUUCUCGAGACCGCACAUGGUCAUUAUGGAGAAGAGGAAACCCUGACUUGGAUACAGAGGCGAUGUUUUCUCUCUAUGCAAACACUAGUAAGGACACAUCAGUCCACACUCGCAUCAUUUGGUCAUGUGACUGGAGCGCUGACAACAAGUACUUUGUGACAUCAAGUCGAGAUAAAAAGGUGAUCAUCUGGGGUCAUGCUGGCUCUGGAGUUGCUGUCGGAGAGGGUGAGGAUGCACGUGUGACCUCCUGCUCUUCUGUUCUGGAUGUUGGAGAUUCAGCUACUGCCGUGUCUAUCUGCCCAUUUCUAUGUUCAGAUCACAGUUAUCUGCUGGCUGUGGGUCUGGAAAAUGGACAGAUUUUGCUGUAUAAAUGGAAGCCAUUGGAGGAUCUGUCUUCUGAAUCAGACUGGAGCAGAUGUAAAGACACCGAUGCUUGUCAGGGUCACACAAUGGUGGUAAAGAGGCUGCGCUGGAGGCCGAGGCUGGGACGAGGUGGCCAUGGUGGACAGGACAGCAAAGAAGAGCAGGCCUGGGUCCAGCUAGCAAGCGCUGGUGCCGAUCAUGUCGUCAAAAUCUUCGACAUCAACCUAUCUGCACUAUGACCUGCUGAUAUUCAGCAGUGACAAACUACAUCUUCUGAACUGCUGAAACAUUUUCAGCAGGCAUGGGGGAUGAUGGGAGCCUUUUUCUCAUUCCCUUAAAUCAGCUUCUGUUCUUUUGAAUUUUAACUCUAUUACUUACGGCCUGUAAACACAAUAUGAUGUCCUAUUUAUGGAGUACUGCUUGAUGUAAACAUAUCACUUUGUAUUACAAUAAAUGGCUCUUUUCUAGUAAUGAAAUUUCACUGGAGUGAUGUAUCUCAAGCUAACUAUAAUUCUUUUAUUUUCUUUUUUUAAAGCACCACAAGUCCCACGAAUCCUCUUGUAAUAACCUACAGGCAUAAGUGACGGUAAGAGAAUUGAAAAUCCGGCUCACAUCCUCUGUUUCCAGUGCCUGAAGGACAGAUGAACAUUCGGAUAAGAUGUACAAUGAGCCGUGAGGGCCAUAGACUCACCAGGCGUGAAUCAUUCACAGGAGAAAUAGUGUGUUUCAUUUAGGGAAAAGUGCUCCUUUUUAUUGAGCGCUUCCUUUAUUGAAACCAAUGACAUUCAUCCUUGAGACAUUAAAGGAAUGUUUUCUGGCUUCAGUUCAGCUCGACGACAUCUGUGACAUGCUUUCGAUUACCACAGAAAAUAAUUUACUCAAAACACCACAGCAAAUGCUAAAACACCUAAAAAUACUCGUUUUGAAAGCAUGGCUGCAAGACUACAUGGUGUAACCAAAUCACUUUUGUAAGGUUAUAUGCAAUUUUUUUACUUGUCAUAAUGGUAAAUCCUGGAAAUUUCCUAUUAAAGUGCUCUUGAAAACUCUA